CCGACCCUCCCGGGCGGCGGCGGCGGCGGCGGCGGCGGGGCCCGGCGGGGCCGGAGCGGGGCGGCGGGGCCGGACCCCCACCAUGCCGCAGCUGGAGCCCGCGGCCGGGGACGACCUGGGGGCCCCCGACGAGCUCAUCGCCUUCCAGGACGAGGGCGAGGAGCAGGACAAGGGCGCGGGGCGCGGCUCGGCCCACGGGGACCUGGACGAGCUCAAGUCCUCCCUGGUCAGCGAGACCGAGAACCGCGGCGCCGGCUCCGGCUCCGGCUCCGGCUCCGACCCCGAGGCGGAGCGGCCCCCGCAGCCCCGGGAAAGUUUCCAGAAGCCGCGGGACUAUUUGGCAGAAGUGGUCAGACGCCAGCAAGAUGGGGGGUUUUUUAAGGGCCCCCCCUACCCCGGCUACCCCUUCCUGAUGCUCCCCGAGCUGGGCAGCCCCUACCUCGCCAACGGAGCCCUGUCCCCCGGUGGCGCCCGCACCUACCUGCAGAUGAAGUGGCCGCUGCUGGACGUGCCCGCUGGUGCCACGCUGAAGGACAGCCGCUCGCCCUCGCCCGCACACUUGUCGAACAAGGUGCCGGUGGUGCAGCACGCCCAUCACAUGCACCCGCUGACGCCGCUCAUCACCUACAGCAACGACCACUUCUCACCGGGGUCACCUCCCGGGCACCUCUCACCCGAGAUCGACCCCAAGACGGGAAUCCCACGGCCGCAGCACCCCUCGGAGCUGCCCCCCUAUUACCCGCUGUCACCGGGAGCCGUGGGCCAGAUCCCGCACCCGCUGGGCUGGCUCGUGCCGCAGCAAGGGCAGCCCGUGUACUCCAUCCCUCCCGGCGGCUUCCGGCACCCCUACCCUGCCCUCGCCAUGAACGCCUCCAUGUCCAGUUUGAUGUCCAGCCGCUUCUCCCCACACAUGGUCCCCCCCCCGACCCAUGGGCUGCACCCCUCGGGUAUCCCGCACCCCACCAUCGUCUCGCCCAUCGUGAAGCAGGAACCCACCCAGCCUAGCGUCAGCCCUGGAGGCAACACGAAAUCCCCCGUGACUGUGAAGAAGGAGGAGGAGAAGAAGCCCCACAUCAAGAAGCCGCUGAAUGCCUUCAUGUUGUACAUGAAGGAGAUGAGGGCCAAGGUGGUGGCCGAGUGCACGCUGAAGGAGAGCGCUGCCAUCAACCAGAUCCUGGGCAGACGGUGGCACUCGCUGUCGCGGGAGGAGCAGGCGAAGUACUACGAGCUGGCACGGAAAGAGCGGCAGCUCCACUCGCAGCUCUACCCGACGUGGUCAGCGCGGGACAACUACGGCAAGAAGAAGAAGAGGAAGCGGGAGAAGCUGGCGCAGCAGCAGCAGCAGCAGCAGAGCCACGACACGGACAGCUCCCUGGUGUCCAAGGGCAAGAAGCCGUGCGUGCAGUACCUGCCUGCCGAGAAGCCCUGCGCCAGCCCCGCCUCGUCGCACGGCAGCAUGCUGGACUCGCCCGCCACGCCGUCGGCAGCGCUGGCGUCCCCGGCCGCGCCGGCAGCCACGCACUCGGAGCAGGCGCAGCCCCUGUCGCUCACCACCAAGCCGGAGGCCAGGCUCAGCGUGCAUUCCGCCGGCUUCCUCUCGGGCAAAGCCGCCUCUUCCUCCUCCUCUUCUUCCUCCUCCUCCUCCUCCUCCUCCUCCUCGAGCCUCGGCAGCCCGCCCUCGCUCCUCUCCAGACCCAUCCCCUUCACCUCGGUGCCCUCCGCGGCUCUCCUGUCCUCGCCUCCAUCCUUCGCGGCCACCAUCCCGUCCCCGCCGGCUGCUCUGGCCGUGCUGCAGACGCAGCCCCUCUCCCUGGUCACCAAACCUGCUGACUAAGGGAAAACCUUGUCCCCCUUCUCGGCCCCGGCCCGUCCGUCCCCUCCCUGCUGUACAUUGCAGAAGCCACAAUCAAGAUUCAAACGCAGCCAAAACCAUUAUUGGUCAAUAUUUGACCCUCUCUGAACUCUUUUGUAAGCAGACUCUGGAGGAAGGGGCUUUCUGCUCACACGUAAAGACCGUUUUUAUUAAUAAAAAAGGAAAAAAAAGGCAAAAAAAAAAGAAGAAAAUAGCCCCUCCGUAAGCUGCCGAUGAUGGAAACCUCCUGCGAGGCGCCUGCGGGCACGAAGCGAGUGCUCCCAAUGCCAUGGGCAGUCCAGCACGGAAUGCAGCGGGCAUUGCAUCCAUCCCGGAGGCAAGAGGAGAAACACCAGCGACAGACCCGCUGCCUCCUGGUGCUCCAAACCCCUCCUGUCCUGUGGCUCUGCUCCCGGCCACAGCGAUGGCUUUGCUCCGUCCCAGCGAGGAGCUGGAUCCUGCCCUGGGGAUGCUCCGUGCUGCGGCUGUACCGGGGGGCAGGAUCCGGGGCUGAGCCCUGGCUGGGGGCGUUUUCUCCCCAUGAAACCCUGUUAUUUUUCACUAAAGGAAAUAAAACCUCAGCUGUAA